AGGAGAGAAAUAGUCGAAUCCUUAAACGCCUUUAUUCAGAUAAAUCAACCAUUACUGUAAUUAUUACUGUGAAUUUAAAAAAAAGAAAAAAAAACAUUCAGAAAAAUAGAACAUAGCCAAACACGAACAGUCCUGGUAGUACAAGGUACUACGGUUUCGUCCUAAAAAAAAACUUCCCUUUAUAUCAUAUUUUCCCUCUUCUAUUUCUCUUUAUACCCCCCAAAACAAAACCCUCAAUUUCAAAACUUACCCAAUUCCCCUCCCUUUGGUUAUUAAUCCAAUCCCCAAGUGAGAGAAUGCAAGAUCCGAGGGUGCUGCUGUUAGAGGAAGAUUUGAAUCCUAAGAUACGGAAAAAGAAAAGCUCUGCUAACAAGGCACCGCUGUUUCCGUUGGAAAGGAAUGAUAUCAAAGGGGUUCAACAGGUACAGGGAUCUGUACCAUUAAGAACAGGGAAAAAGACAUCGAAAAGGAACUCGAAGAAUGAAAUCUCUCCUAUAUUUCAGCAACCCGAGAGAUCUAACUCAGAUUCAUUACCAGACUCUUCUACAUCCGGGAAUGAGUACCGCGCACUGAGGCGUAAGUACUUGCUAUUGGAAGAAGAAAGCUUUACAUUAGGUAAAGAGCUUAAAGAUGUUGAAGAUGAAGUCAAGGCACUUGAAGACGAGAAGCUUGCUUUACUGGAUCAACUUGUCGUAUUAGAAGGUUUAAUGGAUCCUUCUGAAAUGCAAACUCAUGGAGCUUAGCUCGAUACAUUACUAGUCUUGGUGUAUGUGAUUUUCGUAGUUCUUUCGAGGGAAGAAUUGGAAAUACUAAGACAUGAGAUCGUGAAGGGAAUUCCAGGUUUUGUUGUGCAGGUGUAACCUACAUUAUACUAACUGAAGUUUGUCUGGCUGGAGUGAUAGUAGAGUUGAGCUGCUUCUAUGAAAUGUAACUAGUUAUGGUAUAGUUUGUGGAUGAGAUUUGCUAUAAAUAUGGUAUAAUUUUCGUAA